AUGAGCAAUAAUGUCAUCACGCUACAAGUUGGACAAUGUGGAAAUCAGGUUGGACACUCAUUUUUUAAAGCCUUAUCCUCGCAAAUAAUUCAAAAGAAAACAUCGUCUACAAUGAUCGGAACACAAUCAAUACUUCAUGAGGAAACUGUUUUACCAUUCGGGGAUGGAGCUUUGGAUUGCUUUUUCAGACCAAAUACAUCAAAUACUGGAGAUUCAAUGAUAGCGAGAGCAGUACUUGUAGACAUGGAGCCAAAAGUUAUACAACAAACACUAAAUUUAACGAAUCGGAGAGCAGAGGGAAAUUUAUUUGAAUACAGUGCCGCAAGCACGUUUCACAAACAAUCGGGAAGCGCAAAUAAUUGGGCCUAUGGAUUUAAUUUUCAUGGGCCAAAUUCUGCUGAUGCAAUCAUGGAUAUUGUGCGGAAAGAAGCUGAACAUUGUGAUGGAUUGUCUGGAUUUAUGCUUCUUCAGAGUAUGGCUGGAGGCACAGGAUCAGGGCUUGGAUGUUAUCUUUCGGAGCAACUUCGUGACGAAUUUCCUCAUUCUUUCAUUUGCAAUCAAGUGGUUUGGCCUCACGAAGCUGGAGAAGUUAUUGUUCAAAACUAUAACACACUUCUCACACUACAAAAAUUAUAUGAAAUUUCAGAUGCUAUUUACAUUUUCAAAAACGAUCAACUGGAUCUUACCUGCAAACGAUUAAUGGGAAUUCCAAGCCCCUCGUUUAAUGACAUGAAUAAGGUAAUUGCAGAUCAUCUCACAUGUCUCACAUUACCAAGUUAUCAUUCAAACAACCCAGAACAAGAAUGUCAGUUACUAUUUGACCCAAUUCAACACUUGUGUGCUCAUCCAGCAUACAAAAUUUUGAAUUCUAGAAUUAUUCCUCACAUAUCUUCAAAAAGCAAGGAUUACAGCGUUUUUAGAUGGGAAGGUUUAUUAAAACAUUUACAUCAAAUGCUGAUUGCUGACGCACCGAUUGAAGAAUGCAUUAACUGGAAGCUCAACACCACAGAUAAGAGAUGGUUUGGCUUUCUUAAUAGAUCCAUUUCAAAUUUAAUGAUUUUAAGAGGAAAAGAAAUUAGUGGAAUACCUGCCGACAGUAUCAGUCCAUUCUUUAACAAGAACAUUUACUCUAGUUUUUUGUCUCCUAAAGAGGCAAUGAAAUUUUAUCUUAACGAAAACCCUGUUGGAUUCAAUGGUUUUGAGAAGACUGCCUAUUUGUUGAGUAAUUGUCAAUCCAUUGUCUCUCCUCUUGAAAAAGUAAUUUCAAAAGCGUUCCAAAUGUUCAACGCAGGAGCUUAUUUGCAUUACUACAGCAAAUACAAAGUUGGAAAAGAAGAAAUGGAGGAAAUGUUUAUUAGGACAGAACAAGUAUUAUUCGACUACAAAAAUGUGUAA